AUGUCGAAAGCUGAGCCUCGUCUCAUUUUUUCUCCUGAGAAUGUAGAAUGCGCGUUUACAAAGGUACCAUACACAGACUGCAUUUCCUCCUUUACAGAUUCGCUUCACGUUUUGUCUCUAUCUUCUUUUCAUUGUUUCUAUCCCCGACUCUGGCACAUUGUUAUUCUUUCUGUUCUCUUUUGCAAGUCUAUCACUUUUCUCUUUCUUUCUUUGACCACCCUUUUUAUUAUUCUGUUCAUGCUCUUUGUUUCUUUUUAUUUGUUUUUGAAUUCUUUCUUUCUUUUUCAAAUUGUCUCUUUUUAUCUUUUUGCUGACGAUAUUUUGUUUUCUUUUUUAUAUUUUUCUUUUUUAUUUAACUUUUUCUUAAUUUUCUUUUCUUCCUCCCUUUAUGUUUCUUUUAUUCUUUUUUCAUUAUUAUUUUAUACUUUCAUUUUCUUUCUAUGUUUUGUUCUUUUUUUGUUUUAUUUUGUAUUCGUUAUUCUUUAUUCGCCGUUUUGUUUUUGUUUUCUUCUUCAUUCUUUCAUUCUUUCAAUCAUUUAUUCUUUCAUUCUUUCAAUCAUUCAUUCUUUUAUUCUUUCAAUCAUUCAUUCUUUCAUUCUUUCAAUCAUUUAUUCUUUCAUUCUUUCAAUCAUUCAUUCUUUUAUUCUUUCAAUCAUUUAUUCUUUCAUACUUUCAAUCAUUCAUUCUUUCAUUCUUUCAAUCAUUUAUUUUUUCAUUCUUUCAAUCAUUCAUUCUUUCAUUCUUUCGUUCUUUUUGAUCACCUUUUUAUCUCUUUGCUCGCGUUACUUCUUUCAUUUUUCUUUUAUUUACUCCUUUGUUUUUUUUUUUUCAUUUUCAUAUAUUUUUUCUUUUCAUCUUUUUCUUCAUAUUUUUUCACAGUUGUUUUCGUUCUUCUUGUCUCUUUUACAGUUUUCCCAGCGAAUGUUUCUUUUCUAUUUUUUUUUCGUGAUUUUAUCACUUGUUUUUCGCUUCGCCAUUUUUGUACGUUCUCUUUUCCUUUUUAUCUUUCUGUAUAAAUUUCUCCCCCACCCACGUUUUCUUUUUUCCAUUUUUACUCCUUUUAACUAUCGUAUUUUGUUUGUAUUUGUCAUUUAUCUCUUUUCUUUUUUCUAUCUUUCUGAUGUACUUUUUCUGUCUUUGUCACCUUUUUUCUUUCUUUCCAUUCUUUAUAUAAGUAUUCGUUUUUUUUUUCUUCACUUCUUUUCUCCCUCUUUCAUCAUUUUUGUUUUUUUGCUUUUCUUUCUUGGCUGUAUCUCUUCUCCUUUAUUUCUGCUUAACUAA